CUUAACAAAUCGAAAGAUUGUCUGUUUUUAAUCCAAGAAAAUGGUUAAGAAAAAGGAUUCAUCAUCUUCUUCACAAAAUGAGAACAAUGAGGUGAAGUAUAAGGGUGUUAGGAAGCGUAAGUGGGGGAAAUAUGUAUCAGAAAUAAGGCUUCCUAAUAGCCGGGAAAGGAUUUGGUUAGGGUCUUACCAAACGGCCGAGAAGGCGGCCAAGGCGUUCGACGCUGCCUUGUACUGCCUCCGUGGUUGCCAUGCAAAGUUUAAUUUUCCACAUGAUCCACCGAACAUUGCCGGCGGACAAGCACUCACUCCGGCAGAAAUACAAGUUGUUGCUCAACAGUAUGCUAAUAACAAUAGCAGCACUAAUCACCGGCCACCAACAGAAUUAGAGGAUGAAUCGCCAUCAUCGAACUCGGAGGGGGCUGGGACAAUGGACUCAAUCGACUGGUCAUUCUUGGACAUGUUAGACUCGAAUGAUCAUGCUGGUAAUGUUUCCGAUUUCGGAUUAUUUCCCGAGCCUGGCGAUAUGUACGUUCCACCAAAUUUUUCAUACCACGGCAAUAAUGAGGAUGAUCAUGACAAUGAAGAUACCGGGGGACACUUUUCAUCUUUUCUUUGGAACUUCUAAUAAAAAACACUUAAAAACAUAUAUAUGAAUAAUAAGAUUAAUAAAGCAUAUUUGGCUUAGCUUAAAAGUCGGCUUUUGGAACAGCAUCAAGUGUGAUAUUAUCGAGAUAAGCCGCUUCUUUGCAUAAAAGCAAUCCCAAAUAUGCUCUUUAGUUUACUUAUUAGGGAUAGGGAAAUUAUUAGCUGGCCUUGAUAAUUUUUUACAUCUUUCCGGUUAUACCUUCUGUAUUUUUUUGCCAGGAAGUUACUUUGAUUGUCGAGGGAUGGAUUGCUAAGUUUUUCUAGGACGUAUUUAAUACGUAGUACUAGACAUUGUGUCCAGUAUUAUACGAUCUAGUUAAGGAAUACGUAUUAUAUUUUGUAAUGCUACAUAUACAUUUGAAUAAAUGAUCCUUAUUAGAAUU